GGCGUCAGUGUGGUGCUGCAGCGCGCCAAAACCACAAGUCCCGGGACAAGUGCUGCCCGAGAUGCGCACUUCGAUCCGCCACGUGGUCUGGAACGACGGUGUCAGGACGACGACGGACGCUAAGCGACAUCAUUCUCUCUCGCUGCCGCGGAUGCCCUGGUGGUGAUUGGUGGCUUUUGGAAAAGGGGGAGCGAGUUCUUGUUAGAUAAUAAUAAAACCGAAAAGCUUUGCCGAGAGAGACGAAAAAUAAAAAAAAUAAGGCCCGAUUUAUUUAGAAACAGAAGAUUGUUCUCGUUUUAAAAAAGGGCAAGAAAGAGAGAGAGAGAUCUUCCUUGAAAAAGUCAAGACAGCUCUUUUUUGAAUGGCAAAGUUCUUAUUGAAAAAGAACGCAGGUACAUAGAACUUGCCGGAAAAAGACGAAGGCAUUUUUACUACAGAAACAGAACGCUUCUAAGAAUUCUGACUGGGAAAGAGGCUAUAGAAAUCGUUUCGAAAAGGAGACUCGAGUUCUUGAUAAUAAAAAAAAUUCCAAAAAAAAAAAAAGAGAGAACCUCCUUUCCGAUGGUGUCUUUGAUGUAAAAGUUGCGGGAUUUACCGCCUCCAUGUGUGUGCGUGAGAAUAUAUUAAUCGCUAGUUGAACAGAGCAGAGUUUUUCUGUCAUUUUUGUCACAAAUUUUUUUUCUUACGAUGUCUGGGCCGAGUACAGAGAGUGUGACGGCGCCGGUGUUCCUAACUAUCGUUCUGGGGAUUUCGUCUUGUUGCUGCAAUAUCAUCACUUACCCUCCAGCUCGCAUAAAUGAAGUGGCGAGCGACGAGACCGAGCCAGAAUUCGGGGGCGCCAUCAAGAACGUGACAGUUCCUUUGGGGCGGGAGGCCGUGCUUUCCUGCGUCGUCGACAACCUAGGGGAAUACAGGGUGGGGUGGAUGCAAGCCGACACACAAACUAUCCUCAGUCUUCACAAGAAAGUCGUCACCCAGAACACAAGGGUGUCCGUCACCCACGACGAACCCAGAAGGUGGAACCUCCACAUCAGAAUGGUGAAGGAAUCCGACAGAGGAUGCUACAUGUGCCAAAUAAACACAGCCCUCAUGAAGAAGACACAAGGAUGCAUCGACGUCCACGUCCCACCAAACAUCAUAGACGAGCAGACCUCCGGGGACGUGACGGUGCCUGACGGAGAGAGCGUCACGCUGACCUGCACGGCCAAUGGCUACCCCAAGCCCCGGAUCGUCUGGAAGAGAGAGGGCGGAGAGAAGAUCAUACUGAAGCCGGCCAAGAGAGAGAGGACCAAAGUCGAGUCGGUCGAGGGUCCCUCCCUCAACUUGACCAGGGUGAACAGGAAACAGAUGGGGGCCUACCAGUGCAUUGCCCAAAACGAGGUUCCGCCCGCCGUCAUGAAGAGGAUCAUGGUCAACGUAGCAUUCGCGCCAUCUAUACAGGUGCGGAACCAGCUGGUGGGAUCGCCGCUCAACUCCGACCUGCUCUCUUGCGAGGUGGAAGCUCACCCCAAGCCCAUCACCUUCUGGAAGAAGAACAACAACGAGAUCAUGAUCAUUGAUGGGCCGAAAUACAAGGUGAGAGAGAAGACCCACUCGUACCACACUAACAUGACCCUGAUCAUCCGCGACCUGAAGAAGGAGGACAUAGGAACCUACACCUGUGUGGCCCGCAACUCGAUCAGCACUGCGGAGGAGCAGAUCAGGACCUACGAGAUAAAACUGCCCACUCCGAGCAGGCCUACCACGGAGUCUGGACCCCGGGGAGGUGGGGAUACCUUUGCCAAGGUCCACGACCACGGGGCGCAGUCUUCAGGUCUACACAAGACGCAGGUGGACGAGAGCUACACGUUUGAAAGCCCCGUGGACACCUCACACAACCCUUACCUGAAGGGCAAACGGAAGGACUUCCAGUACAACCUGGAGGGUUCCGGGACCCCGCACCAGAAUCCUCAUCGGCCGAACGAAGUUUCGGGCGGAACCUCGAACCUCCUCAGGACUCUCUCCUCCUCCUGCUCCUCCUCUUCUGUCCUUCUUCUUCUGCUUCUCUUUGCUCAUGUGUUUUGAACGGGGCCGCCUCGCCAAGUCAUUGGCGACGUCUAGAACUGUAGAAUUUGUUUUUUCUAAAAUAUUAAUAUUGAUAUCGUCAGGCUGAAAUACACACGGAAUUCUUUCUGGGAUAUCCCUUCGCUGAUGCAGCACUGACUUUUCUGAAAAGCUUUUUACAACAGUCUAAGAAUUUGUUUCUUACCGAAGGUAAAUAAUGAAUUGCUUCUGAUUACAUUUUAGAAAGAUGGCAUGCAGUGUUGUAUCUUUUCAAUUCUUUAAAAAAUAUAAAAAUAAAGAGAAAACGCCUUCACUGAUCAUCGCACCAAUGUGGUUCACUCAGUGAGCACCUAUGAAAUAUCCGGGGGCGAAUUCGUGUGUGUUGGUAGCCUGGUCUGUGUCGGUAAACACGUCGUUAGAGGGUUUGAUUCCGUUCUUGAUCGUAGCCAGUGUCCAUUAGAGCUCAUGAGGAGAGGAGUCGAACUCUUAACAAUACCACUGCUCUGCCGACGCUUCUUUUUUCCUGACGCGCUUUUUGAAUCGUUUAUAUAUCAUCAUCAAUCUCUUCGUGUGGAUGAAGCCAGCUCACUCGUUGUUCCUCGACAGACAGACAGACAGAAGCUUUUGGGUCGCCUUUCCCCGGGGCUGCAGGAAGAGGUCUUCUGUGACGUCCAGAGAUAUGCACAGGAUCACUCAAUGAGGCAACAGACGACAGUUGUUGACACGAACUUCCGAUGAUUUUGACCAGAACUGGAAAGGCCUCGAAUCAAGGCGUCUCUUGUGAAAGACGCUUCUUCUAAGGAACUUGGUGCGAAAAGAACGGUUCCAAAUAACAAUAAACGUUUCACAGUUCUGAGUCUUCUUGCGGCAGUGUUUCCCUCACCAGCGGCUUUACGUAUAUAAGCACUGGACGUGACAAAAGGCAUCUUGGAGUAUCCCAUGGCUAUGAACUUACCAAUGCGAAAUAGCAGACACUGAGCCAAUUUCUUCUCAAUACCUCAAUGCCGUGAAAGUGUCUGAAGUCAGACAGCGCUCGAUUAUUCGCAAAUGCUGAAUUUACUUGCCGAACUAAAGGAUUGGGAUUUCUACUGAUGAAUUUCAAAACGAUUGGAUACAUUUCUUGCAAGUUUCCUUUCUCUCAAAUUUUCUGCACAACGAAAGGAGAUUAGGAUAUACUACUUAAUCUGGUAUGUGCCAACCUAUGCAUUCCCUUUUUAACGACACACACAUUCACAAAUAUAAAUUUAUAACGAAAAGUUUAGUGAAAAUAAAAGCGAUAGAGCAUUUCUAUUACAAAUUUUUUCACAACACUUGAUUUUCUACCAUUUUAAAUACAAAAAAUACAGCUAAAUAAAAGUUUUAUACUCUUACAUAUACAUAGAAACAUAGAGUGCAGAUGAUCACUAGCAAUAUUUCUGUCAAAUCUGUUACGAGAUCAUUUGCCUGUGAGUCAAUACAUUUGAAUUUGCCCAAAUCCUCUGCGGUCAGAUGGUACUUCUAAUGGAUGUUUCAAAUAACUUCAGACAUUUCCAUGUCACUAAAAUUUGUCCAGAUUCUUUACAUUCUUCUAAUCUAUCUAUAACUGUUCAAAGUCUAAUCCAAUACAUUUAGUCAAGGAAAUUCUCUCUCUCUCUCUCUCUCUCUCUCUCUCUCUC